AUGUGCCCUGAUGACCAGCUAUCGCUUGACAAUGAGACAUCCAUGAGAGUUAAAGUCGGGGUAUUUGGAGUUAUGGAUUUCAUUUAUAAAAUAUGGCCCGAAUGGCACCGGGAUUAUGUUAUAUUAGAGCUGAAACUCAUGGAUUCAAUGAGUGAUCUCAAGAUAUCGGGAGAAACGCUUAAAAAUCAAGAGUUGGCCACAUAUGAGUCCCCAUUAAAACCAUAUUACGGACCAUUGGUUAAGGAGAUCUAUGAUUUGCAAUGA